AGACAGGAACCCUCAAUAAGCAGUCUCUCAUUCAACAAAGACAACCACUCGCACAAUGUCUUUUAUAUGAAAGACCCCCUCUCUCCACGGCCUUCGUUCCGUCAGAACUCCGAAGUCAGAACGCAAUCGACCCACAGUGAUUAACACUUUCACUCAAAGCGCAGGCCGCUACCGCAUUCCCUAACCACUCCCACACUCCACCCCAAGUGGGACGAUAACUUGUCAAUAUGCCUCCCUCAUCAUUCGUGAUACCUCGCUCGAUCGGCAGCCAUGGCGAUCUCGUACCCGACUUCAUUACCAAUUCCUCAGGGGAUUCCCUCGUGCAAUACACGACCGGUCUCUCCGGAGUUCAACAGGAAACGAACUACAUUUUCGUGCACGCCCUCUUAUUCGCACUCCUCGCUGCCUUCGGCUUCAUUCUAAUCUAUCGGGGUGCCAUCUUAUUCGAACGACAUGUCCGCCACAUUAACACCGUCGGCGGGGUCACUCAACAGGCCCUGUGGGCCCACAACGGUUCGACCGCCUGGUCCGACAGCUGGGUCUUCAUCAAACGCCACAUCCUAUAUGCGCCGCUCGGCAAGAAACGACACAACCAGGAGAUCAAGAUCUCCAAGGCGCAUGCCAUUGGAACCCUCCCAUCACGCUUUCACACGAUGAUGCUCCUGACUUGGCUAUUCGCCAACAUCGCCUUCUGCCUCGUCCUGCCGUGGAGCACAUUCCCCUCCCAGGAGGUCGUCGCUGCCCUCCGUGGGCGCAGUGGUGUUUUGGCCGCCCUGAACCUCUUCCCGACGAUUCUCUUUGCUUUACGAAACAAUCCACUGAUCUGGCUCCUGAGCGUAUCUUACGACACGUUCAACCUCCUACACCGCUGGUGUGGUCGGGUGGUGGUCCUCCAGAGCCUCAUUCAUGUUCUCUGCUGGUCAGUGAACACGAUAGCCGCAACGACCGACGACUUUAACAUGGGAGUGUCCUUGAGCCAGCACCUUUCUUAUCGAUGGGGUCUCGUUGGUGCCGUGGGAUUCACCCUCAUCGCGAUCUUCUCCAUCGGACCCCUCCGCCACGCUUUUUACGAUUCCUUCGUCCAUGGACAUCGACUCAUCGUCCUCAUCUCCCUUGUCGGUGUUUAUGUCCAUCUUCAGACUCACAAACUCCCGCAAUUGUGGUGGCUGCAAGUCGUUUGCUGGCUGUGGGGUAUGGAAUGGUUAUUCCGAUCUGGUCGCAUCAUGUACUACUCCUUCACAUUCGGCCAGAUGUCGAAAGUCACCGUCGAAGCCCUUCCCGGCGAGGCAUGCCGUCUUUCCAUCGACGUUGUCCGACCAUUCCGCGCCGCGCCGGGAUCUAACGUCCACAUAUACAUCCCACGAUUCAACCCGCACCUCAUGUCCCACCCCUUCUCCGUCGCCUGGACCGACUGCGAGCUACCCAAAGCCUCGGCUUUCGAAUUCUCCCACAUGUCCAGCGCCCCCGCCGCCAACUACAACGAAAAGCGAGGGCCCUCAUCCACCGACCAAAACCAACCGACCCACACCACCUCCGACAUCGCCCUCUUUAAUCCCCCCUCCACGCGCGUCCACCUCAUCUGCAAGGCCCGCGAAGGCCUCACCAAACAGCUCUACCAGCGCGCCGCCGCCCGCCCCGACAAGACCCUCACGACGCGAUGCCUCCUCGAAGGCCCUUACGGCGGCAUGGACCCCAUGUCCUCGUACGGCACCGUGGUGCUCUUCGCCGGCGGCAUCGGCAUCACCCACAUGCUCCCGCACCUGCGCCACCUCGUGCACGGGUACCACCUCGGCGUGGUGUCCACGCGCAAGGUUCUCCUCGUCUGGAGCAUGCCCGACCAGAACUGCUUCGAUUGGGUGCGUCCGUACAUGAACCAGGUGCUGGAGAUGCCCGGGCGGAGGGAGAUCCUCAAGAUGGAGAUAUACAUCACAAGAGGGAACGGUAGGGAGACAAGCAGUCAGUCGGGUGGCGUGCGGACGUUUACGAGGCGCUGCGAUCCGAAUGAGGUGAUUGAUCGGAUGAUGCAGGAGCCGAUCGGCGCGACUUGCGUCACUGUAUGUGGGCCGGGCGUCUUCGCGGAUGAUGUGAGGGCGGCGGCGAGGAAGCGGGUUGGGAAGGGAUGUUUGGACUUCGUUGAGGAGGCUUUCAGUUACUAAUGAAGAAAUCCUAAUCGCCCCUCAUAAUAGUCAUGUCCCUUUCUGGAAUUAUCCUAUUUGUAUCCCGUUGGAUUAUCAGCGACUGGAGUUGGAUCUUUGGCUGAACGUUCUUGAUUUUUUCUUCGUUCUGCCUGCAUAGCGAGGUGUUCUAUGAGCGAUUCAUAAUAGCGGUCAUCUUGGAUCAACCCGGGCACUUUCGCGGAGACGGGGGAGGCUGUAAAUAGGAAGACUUAGGAAUAGAGACUUGAUUACAGUCAAAGCACACAAAAAUUCCCGGUCUGACAGCAUGUGAGGUAUAUGAUAAGCCUCGCCAUACCAGCGCACCUGUUGUUCAUAGUGUAUUGAUUGUUAUUAAUCCCGACCUGCCUGCUACGCACAUCCUGAUGUUACCGUACUUACACUACCUAGAUUCGAAUCUGUCUGAU